UUCUCAAUCAUCAAUCUCCCUCCCUCCUCCUCCUCACAACAAAUUUAGAAGCAAAAAAAAAAAAAAAAAGUCGAAACCGAUCUAUGGCAUCGUGGAAUUCGAUUCCGCUAGAAAUCUCGUACGAGGUCGUGGGAUGGAUCGCGUUUGCGUCUUGGUCCAUUAGCUUCUACCCUCAGCUGAUUCUCAAUUUCCGCAGGAAAAGUGUGGUUGGAUUGAACUUCGACUUCGUGCUGUUGAAUUUGACGAAGCACUCGUCGUAUAUGAUCUACAACGUCUGCCUCUACUUCAGCCCCUUCAUUCAAAAACAGUACUUUGACACUUACGGCGAUCAAGAGAUGAUACCUGUGGCUGCCAAUGAUGUUGCCUUCUCAAUCCAUGCUGUUGUUCUCACAGCUCUUACCCUCUUCCAGAUCUUUAUCUAUGAACGUGGACCUCAGAAAGUAUCAAGAUUUGCUACUGUUCUUGUCGUUCUUGUCUGGGGCUUUGCAGCUAUCUGUUUCUUUAUUGCUUUACCUUCACACUCUUGGCUCUGGCUCAUUACCAUCUUCAACUCGAUUCAGGUUGGCAUGACAUGCGUCAAGUACAUUCCACAGGCUAAGAUGAACUUUACUAGGAAGAGCACAGUCGGGUGGAGCAUUGGGAACAUUCUUCUCGAUUUUGGUGGAGGACUCGCUAACUAUCUGCAGAUGGUUAUUCAAUCUAUUGACCAAAAUUCAUGGGUAAAUUUUUAUGGGAACAUUGGAAAGACUCUUCUCUCACUCAUCUCAAUAUUUUUCGAUAUCCUCUUCAUGUUUCAACAUUAUGUCUUGUACCCUGAGAAGAAAUCCUCAAAAUCUCCGGAAACUGGUGAGGAACCCAAUGAACCUCUCAUAGAUCCUCCUCAUGAACAUGUUUAGAAUCAAAGUCACACAAAACCCUUCCUUCUUAGUUCUACAGCCUUCCCUUUGCACAAAGAAAAAGUAAAAAAACUCUUCCGACUUGUAGUUUAUCCACAUGUUGUUGUCUUAUUAUUUGAAUAAUUUCAGUGUAUCAUGUAUUAGAAACAACGAAUAUGUAAUACUAUCUUGAGUUUCUUGUAAGAAUAUUACUGUCCAUCAAACAUUAAAGAUGAGAUGAAUGUCCACAACUGGUUUUCUUUA